GUUUCAUCCCAGUGACUUUGAGGAGGACCCUUUGGUUCUGAAUGAGUACAGAGAUGAUCUACGGACAGAAUGUGAGAAAUUCGGCCAAGUGAAGAAGGUCAUCGUUUUUGAUAGGCACCCUGAUGGAGUGGCAUCCGUGGCUUUUAAGGAACCUGAGGAGGCGGACAUGUGUCAGAUGGCUCUGAAUGGACGCUGGUUUGGUGGGAGGAAACUGUCAGCGGAGCUGUGGGAUGGUGUAACUGACUACCAGGUUGAGGAAACCUCACGAGAACGAGAAGAGAGACUGAAAACCUGGUCCUCUUUUCUGACUGAUGAGAGUGCAUCUGCCAAAGCUAAGGCAGACUCUUCAGAAGCAGCUGAACAACAGAAUCCCAGCACUCAAGAAGCAGCAGAACAGACUCGACAAGAGGAACAUACAGACGAAAGUACUGCAAAACCAAAAGAGGGGAAGAUGAGGAGGAGGAGGACGAGGUAG